UCUCCGCGCUCAGGCGGGAGGCGGCGGCUGCUGCUGUCGCCGUCCCUGGGCCGAGGUCUCCUCCCUGGCGCACAACUCCCUCGCCUCGCCUCCUCCUACUCCUCCUCCCCCUCGCUCAAUCAACGAUCCACUCAUUUAAUAGCGUUUCUAGUGGACCCAUCAGCGCUGUACGGUUGUAGUUGGCGACAGCGGUCGGCCGCGGAGGUGCGGUGCGGCAAGGCCGCGAUGGAGGAGCCGAGGCCCUCGGGCCCAGCGGACCCGGGACUGUCGCUCUCCCCGUCGCUCUCCCCGUCGCUGCCCCCGUGCUGCUCGCCCUACGCCGCCGCUGCCCCCUGCUGCGCCGCCCCGUGCCCGUGCUGCUGCGCGGUGGAUGGCGGCUGCGGGACCUUGGUCGCCUUUGCGGGGAAUGGAGAAGGUGGCGGUGGUUGCUGUGAUGGUGGCGGUGGUGGUGGUGGGUGUUGUGAUGGUGAAGAUGGUGGUGGUGGUGGAGUUGAUGGGGUAGGAGAUGGUGGUGAUGGUUGUGAAGAUGGUGGUGGUGGUGGUGGCUGUGACGUCAAUGAUGGUGGAGUGGUCAGGAGUGGUGCUGGUUGUUGUGAUGGUCGUGAUGGUGGUAGCGGUGGUGGUUGUUGCGAUGUCAUUGAUGGCGAUGGUAGCGCGGUCAGAAGCGGUGGCUGUUGCGAUGUCAGUGACGGUGGUGAAUGUCGAGUGGUCAGAAGUGGUGGUGAGAGCGGUGGAAGUUGCUGUGGUGGCGAUGACGAUGAUGUCAUCACCGCCCGUGGGGAGAGCCGACGGUACCGCCUCCAGCAGCAUCACCACCAACACCAACAUCACCACCAACAGCACCACCAACACCACCAGCAGCACCACCAUCAACAGCACAAACGCCGCGGCCUGAACGGCUGCGUACCAGGGGCGGACAGCAGCUGGCACAAGAGCGACGAGGCCUGCGUCACCGGGCCAGCCAUGUGCGCGCAUGGCGACCCGAGGGAAAACCACCACCAUGCCGGCUAUAACCACGACCACGAGAAUCACAUUGACAACCACGGCGGCGGUGUUGGUGGUGGUGGUGUUGGUGGUGGGGCGAGGACUGAGCGGGCCGGGUCUCUGGAGAUGCGGCUGACGCGAUGUAGCCUCGGCGAGGAGCGGCCCGAUCCGCAUGGAGUCCGCUACAUCAGCUACAAGUGCGAGCUUCAAAUGCCCGACAUCAUGAGGCUCAUCACGAAGGAUCUUUCCGAGCCCUACUCCAUCUACACCUACAGAUACUUCAUCCACAACUGGCCGCAGCUGUGCUUCUUGGCGAUGGCGGGGUCCGAGUGCGUGGGCGCCAUCGUGUGCAAGCUGGACCUGCACAAGAAGAUGAUCCGACGCGGGUACAUCGCCAUGCUCGCCGUGGACUCCAAGCACCGCAAGCACGGCAUCGGCACAAACCUGGUGAAGAAGGCCAUCUACGCCAUGGUGGAGGGUGACUGCGACGAGGUGGUGCUCGAGACGGAGGUGACCAACAAGUCGGCACUGCGUCUCUACGAGAACCUGGGCUUCGUGCGGGACAAGCGCCUCUUCCGGUACUACCUGAAUGGCGUCGACGCGCUGCGCCUCAAGCUGUGGCUGCGGUGAGCUCUGGCGACGAGGGCGAGGAGGGGGGGUGAGGAGGAGGAAGAAGAGGAAGAGGCGGAAGAGGAGAAGUGUUCCCCCCCACCUCCCCAUCCUAUCCCCAGUAUGUCUGCGACAACGUGCGUCGCGAUGUCACAUGGGCCCUUCGGCGGUCAGUCGUGCCAGCCCAUCGGCCGCGAUGCACAGACGGUGGGACAGACGGACGGAAGGAAGAAUAGCGAUCGAAAAACUAAAUGGAACUAACGCUAUAAAAUAAGACGAGGAGAAAUACAAUGCUUAAACAACUUAAAAUGCAAGUGAUGAGAUCGAGGGAGAGAAAAAUGCAGGAACAACAACGCAAAGAAAUGAAUUGAAUUGUGCCCGUCUAAUUAUAAACUGCCGUCGUGGAGAAUAAUAUGCAAAAUAUGGCAGUGCUCUUCUGUGAGAGAGGGAAGGGGGUUUGCGUGGGGCUGGGCUUGGGGCUACUUCCGCCGAUGAGGUCGGUGAUGAAGAGGCGGUCGCCUGCGGGCUGUCAUCGCCAAGCUCCUCACGCCGUUCAACGAAUGCAGGUGUGGCGCAAAAAGACGGGCCUGUGUCGGGCCGGGCCUCGUUAGCCAUUUUUUUAGGUGUCCUGCACUCUGCGCCUGCCUGCCUGUGUAUGCCUCCUUUUGAACUUUGCUCUGAAAGUAAAUUUUGUUGGUGGUGAAAAAAAAAUGAAAACAGAAACAAAAAAAUGUACAAGUGGAAAUCAAUUUUAAAAAAUAAUAACUUUGAAAAAAGCUCACAAAAAUGGAGACAAUGACGAGGAAAAAAAUCCCUCCCACGGACUUCCGUUUUCUAUGGCGGUGCCGGAGCUCAAUCCCACAGGAGCAUCGACAGAUCUCUUCGUUUCGCCAUUUCCUUUUUAAGUCUUCUGUUAAGGAGGAGGCGGGAGCGGCCCCUCCUGUCUUCUCUUAAAAAGGAGGGGGGGCGAGUGGGGACUCCCGUCUCCGGGGCAUCGAUUCCCCCCCAAACCCCACCGCGUGUGGUGGGGGUGCGGGGGGCUGUGGCGUGCGUAAGCGUCGCGCCUCGAUCAAUCGCGACGGACCUCGCGCCGUUUCCUGUUGUUACCGAUGCUCGUCGCCUGUUAAUGACCCCGGCCGCCGCCUCCUCCUCCGCCGCCGCCGUUACUUCUCCCACUUCGCCGUCCCUUAGGUCGUGCCUUCCGAUUGCCGCUUGCGAUUCCUCGUGUGUGCGAGUGUGUGUGUGUGUGUGUCCUCCGAUGCGCUUCUCGACAGAGCUGAGCCUGGCUGCCGCUACUUGAAGAGUCGCCCAGGAGGCAGCCAGGAGGGAGAGGAGCCUUUGAUCCUUGACCCCCCCCUCCUCCCUGGGUGGCUGACCCUCGCUGACCUUACAGGAUGCCCUCCCCUGAACCAAGGGUGCUGCCUGCCCUGCUGCUUUCACGAUGCAUACCGAGAGGACCAAUCUGUCCGUAUGCAUAUCUCGUUUCCGUUUUGAGUAUAAAUUUGUCGUGGGGUUUAUUUUUAUUUUUUGGUUGAAAUUUUGCUUUACUUCCUAUUGUUUUUGGUUUAUCUUAUUUGCUGUACAGUUUUUUGGGGGGGGGGGAGGUGGCUUGUGGCUUUGGGGGUUUACGGGUUUUACAUUCGUUGGGUGUUUGUGGGUCCGUUGUUACUUGUGGGGGAUUUCGUUUUUUCGAGUACAGUUUGGCGAGGGCGAUGAAAGGGUAUUGGCAGAAAUGGAAAACGCAUUGCGUGCGGAUUUUAAAAACGAUCGAUGAAUUUAUUCACCCCCCCUUCCCCCUGCAAAAUAAGCACACAAGCAAGUAAGUGGUUUCCUUCAUGCAUUAAGAUAUUCUUAAUGAUGUAAACGUCACACAAUCUUUACCCAAAAUCAAAAACCAUUUCACCAUCUGUACUGAGCGCAGUGUCCGUGUUCUCCUGUUCCCUGUGCCCCUUCCCCCACCACCCACCAACAUAAUCUCACGUUUUUUAUUAUUUUUGUUUAUUUUGGGGAGUUUAUUUUUCCGCUCGUUGACAUCGCCGCCAUGAUGUAUCCACAUCCCAUCCUCUCCGGCUAAUUGAUUCAGAUCUUGCUGUUCUUAUUAUUGAUGAUGAUAAUAUUAUUUACCGUUAUUGUAAUAAGUGUUUUUAAUCGACCAAAAAAACGAAUAAAUUGACACAGCUGCA